GCAGUUAAAUAGCUUUAUGACAUAAUUACGCAUAAAUGUGUAUACGGUUGAGCACCACUACAUGUCAGUCAUAUUUCAAAAACCCUGUUCAAAUCAAAUCCCUUUAUUGUCACUCAACCAUAUACACUUGCAAGUGUAACAGUGGGUGAAAGUCUUGGGUGUGGUUCCAAACAACAUAGCAGUAUGACAAUUAAAAUAAACAUCUGAUUUACACAUAACAUAGUUUACACACCUUGUUACACCAUGCAAUAUACAAUAAUAUACAAUAUACAGUAUACACAAAAUAAUGUAAUCAAUGGAAAUAAAUAUUAAGGGUUGUGUUGACAUUCAGCUGUCGGUUGAUAGUCAAUUGCCAGUGUGUUAUUAAGAGAAGUACAAAGUCCAGUCCGAGGUUAAUUAAGUGCAGUGCUGAUAUAUGUAUCGUGAGUGAUCAAGAGUUUAAAAGUCUGAUUGCUUGGGGGAAGAAGCUGUCAUGAAGUCGGCUGGUGCUGGUCUUGAUGCUUCGAUAAUGCAUACCUGAUGGAAGCAGUGAGAACAGACCAUGACUCGGGUGGCUAGAGUCUCUGGUGAUCCUCCAAGCUUUUUUCACACACCGCCUGGCAUAGAUGUCCUGGAGGGAGAGAAGCUGACCUCCGAUGAUAUGUCUGGCAGAUCGCACCACACUUUGCAGGGAUUUGCAGUUGUAGGAAUUGCUGUUGCCGUACCAGACAGUGAUGCAGCCAGUCAGGAUGCUCUCUACAGUGCUGGUGUAGAACCGUGUGAGGAUGUGGUGGUUCAUUCCAAACUUCCUCCGUGGUCUCAGGAAGAAGAGGUGCUGGUGAGCCUUCUUCACAAAGGCCUCUGUGUGGACGGAUCAUGUGAGUUCCUCAGUGAUGUGGACACAGAGGAACUUAAAGCUGCUGACUCUCUCCACCAUUGCUCCAUUGAUGUUGAUGGGGCUGUGUUCUCUGUCUUUUCUUCCUGAAGUCCAUCACAAGCUCCUUGGUCUUCCUGACGUUGAGGGAGAGGUUGUGCUCCUGACACCAGCGUGUCAGAGUGUGCUCCUCCUCUCUGUAGGCUGUUUCAUUAUUGUCAGUGAUCAUACCUACCACCGUCGAUCGUCAGCUAACUUAAUGAUGGCAUUGGAGCUAUGUGUUGCCACACAGUCAUGUGUGUACAGGGAAUACAGGAGUGGGGUGAGAACGCAGCCCUGCAGGGCUCCAGUGUUGAGGGUCAGUGAUGAGGAGAUGUUGCUGCCUAUUCUAAUCAGCUGGCGUCUGCUUGACAUGAAGUCCAGGAUCUAGCUGCACAGCAAACUGUUUAAGCCCAGAGACUGGAAUUUCACAUCAAGCUUGGUGGGCACUAUGGUGUUGAAUGCUGAGCUGUAGUCUACAAACAGCAUUCUCACAUAUGUGUUCCUUUUGAGUGUGUGUACAAAUGCAGGGGUUCUCAACGGGGAUGGUACCGCUCCCCAGGGGGCAUUCAAAGGAUGCCAGGGGGCGCUGAGAGCAAAUUAGUAGAGAGGGUUAGGUUACAAAUGGGUGGCGUUUAUCAGUCAUAAUCAAAUCUAUUGUCAAGUUUCUCUUUGCUGUUAAAUAUUAAAAUAUUUAUCUAGACAUGGAGUAUAUCCAGUUGGUUCUCUAUACGGGAUGGUACCCAUUUGUACCAUGGUUCAUCUGAUUUUGAAGGUUAUCUGGUUUAGCAGCGUCAAAUGGACAGGUGGAGGCACAACCUCAGCUAGUGCACCUGCAUGGCACUGUAGAUGGAUACGGCUCAGUGGAAAGACCAGCGCAAAGCUCUUAAACUCACAGCUUUGUGAGAAUCGGAAACUAUUUGAAUGAAGUAGGGGGCGAAGUAGGGAAUGAGGUUUUGCCCCAAGUGAAGGAGUUCAAGUACCUCGGGGUCUUGUUCACGAGUGAGGGGACAAUGGAGCGGGAGGUUGGCCAGAGAAUCGGGGCAGCGGGGGCGGUAUUUACAUUUACAUUUAUGCAUUUGGCAGACGCUUUUAUCCAAAGCGACUUACAGUGCACUUAUUACAGGGACAAUCCCCCCGGAACAACUUGGAGUUAAGUGCCUUGCUCAAGGGCACAAUGGCCGUGGGGUUCAAACCAAGGACCUUCUGAUUAACAGCCCUGUGCUUUAGCCACUACGCCACCACCACUCCUCAGGGAAGACCCAGAACUAGAUGGAGAGAUUACAUCUCCACACUGGCCUGGGAACGCCUCGGGGUCCCCCAGUCAGAGUUGGUUAAUGUGGCUCGGUAUUGCACUCGCUCUAUCGCACCGUUGUCACGAAAAGAGAGCUGAGCCGAAAGGCAAAGCUCUCGAUCUACCGGUCAAUUUUUGUUCCUACCCUCACCUAUGGUCAUGAAGGUUGGGUCAUGACCGAAAGAACUAGGUCGCGAGUACAAGCGGCCGAAAUGGGCUUCCUCAGAAGGGUGGCGGGCUUCUCCCUUAGAGAUAGGGUGAGGAGCUCAGUCAUCCGUGAGGAGCUCGGAGUAGAGCCGCUGCUCCUUUGCGUUGAAAGGAGUCAGUUGAGGUGGUUUGGGCAUCUGGUAAGGAUGCCCCCUGGCCGCCUCCCUAGGGAGGUGUUUCAGGCACGUCCAGCUGGGAGGAGGCCUCGGGGAAGACCCAAGACUAGAUGGAGAGAUUACAUCUCCGCACUGGCCUGGGAACGCCUCGGGUCCCCCAGUCAGAGUUGGUUAAUGUGGCUCGGGAUAGGGAAGUUUGGGGCCCCCUGCUGGAGCAGCUGCCCCCGCGACCUGACUUCGGAUAAGCGGUUGAAGAUGGAUGGAUGGAUGGAUGGAUAAGGGGCGUUCAUCAAACAAAGUGAUGAUUUGGGAUGACCUCAAGAAAAAGACUGUGAUAGAGAUUGAGUUUUCCACUGAGGUCAAAGCUGUUAAGCUUCGGCGUGACAGAAUUGUGGUGGUCCUGGAUUCCAUGAUUAAAGUCUUUACAUUUACUCAUAAUCCUCAUCAGCUACAUGUCUUUGAAACAUGCUAUAACCCUAAAGGUUUGUGUGUCUUGUGCCCAAACAGUAACAAUUCAUUACUAGCAUUCCCAGCCACUCACUCUGGACAUGUUCAAAUAGUAGACCUUGCCAACACGGAGAAACCUCCUGUUGACAUUCCUGCCCAUGAGGGUGCCCUGUGCUGCAUCGCUCUCAACCUUCAGGGCACGCGGAUAGCAACAGCAUCUGAAAAAGGGACCCUGAUCAGAAUAUUUGACACUUCAGCAGGUCAUUUUAUUCAGGAGCUAAGAAGAGGAUCACAAACUGCCAACAUAUACUGCAUCAAUUUCAACCAGGAUGCAUCUCUUAUUUGCGUAUCAAGCGAUCAUGGAACAGUUCACAUAUUUGCCGCAGAGGAUCCCAAAAGGAACAAGCAAUCCAGCUUGGCAUCAGCCAGUUUCCUCCCCAAGUACUUCAGCUCCAAAUGGAGUUUCUCCAAGUUCCAGCUCCCAUCUGGUUCACCCUGUGUCUGUGCCUUUGGAACAGAACCCAAUGCUGUUAUAGCUAUUUGUGCUGACGGCAGCUACUACAAGUUUCUGUUCAACCAAAAAGGGGAAUGCUCAAGGGAUGUGUAUGCACAGUUCUUGGAAAUGACUGACGAGAAGAUCUGAGUGUAGACACUACUUAAUUUUAUGAGAUUCAGUUUCUUUCUUGGCAUCUCCAAGCUUGAAGGAUUUCAAAGGACUCAUAUGGCAUUUAUAUGACAAACUUACUUUUUGGAGAUCACUAUGUCACAGACGUGGAGGAGAGACCAAAAUAAACUCUAAAUUCCCUCUUGAUUCAAACCAUAAGAGACAUUUCUAUGAACAAGCAGAGAUGGUUGAAAAACUGUGACUAAAGUACUCAUUCUGUAGGGUGAGCAGAGGGAAACCUUAUUUUUUAAAUGUCUUCCAUGGGAUAUGUUUUAAGGUUUGAAUGUCCUUGGCUUGGUAGCAAGAGAUCAUCUUUGUCCACUAAUAAAACCAAAUCUGAUGUAGGGAGUACCUGUGUAAUUAAGAUGAGAGAUGUGUGUAUACAUGUACAUCAUUCACAGUAUGUAUUUACAAACUAUUUGGUAGUGUUAUAUAUUGUUUUACUUGCUCAAGUACACAAGUUACCACAGAAAAUUACGUAACUAUGUAGAGAGUGUAAAGAGUAUAAAAAUCUUUAUUUGAGAUUUUUGCAAGUAUUUGUUGGAGUUCAAAAGAAAUAAACUAAUAUUCACAGUGCUCUUUAUAUCACAUGAGAAACACAAAAGAUAUGCACAACAAAUUUGGCCACGGAAAGGUCUUAAGAAUUUUAUUGUCAUAAAAAGUCCAUAUUUAAGCUGUAAAUUGUUUAAAAUAAAAUGCACAACUCUAAAACCCCAUGCUUUGGUGGAUACAUCACCCCAAACGAAUCUGGAAUUAGUGCAAUAGUUUGGGUGUAAAUGGAAAACUACUUUAACGAGGUUGUUAAUGAAUACAUGACUGAUUCGUUUUAUUGUUUAACAGCUAGAAUUAGCACUCUGUCAUAUUAGUUACAUUACUAUUUCUUUUAAAGACUAAUGCACUCAAAUUCUACCAGAGUGCCCAGUCUUAUCUACCGAAGUAUUUUUUUAUUGUUGUCUGUUCUUUGAAAUGUAUCUGUUUUGUUACUCAUUUGAUGCUUAUGUCAUUGAUAAUGUGCAAAUAAUUACACCUAUGAUUAAUUUCAUGAAUAUGGUAUUUCAUAUGCUCUGAUUGUGUGGCCUGCUGGGAUGCCCUGAGAAAUCAGUAACAUACCACAAAUUAAAAGAAUGAAUGGAAAUUCUUUAUAGCAUUUAGGUCCAGAAUGCCACUAUAAUAUGGCCGUUCUAUCACAUUAACAGCCAAUAUUGCUUAAAAUCACACCUUUAUAGAUUAUGAAUAAUGGUUAUUUUUGGGGAUAGAUGUGUGGGGGUGUGAUUUAUCUUCAGUUAGAAUGUUAAAGAGAUAGUUCACCCAAAAAUGAAAGUUCAUCACUUUCUCAUCUCACGUGAUCCCUGAUGUGUAUGACUUUCUUUCUUCCACUGAACACACGUCAAGAUUUUUAGAAACAAUAUCUCGGCUUUGUAUGUCCUUUUCCCAAAAGGAGACUAGUUUGUAGGCAUGUUAAUGUGACUUUUGGUGCUUCUAAGUUCUUGCCACCAUUCACUUGCAUUGAGUGGAACAACAGAGCUGAGAUGUUCUUCCAAAAUAUCUUUGUGCUCUUCAGAAGAAUGUCAUACACAUCUGGGAUGGCAUGAGGGUAAAUAAAUGAUGAGUGUAGCUGAGACCAAGUGGGACAGCAAGGAGCUAAUGCGUUUAGGUAUGUUAAGUUGAGCUGGGUGUGUUGGUUAGAACACCGAAGCAAGACAAGGAAUAAAGUGAAACAGGUUUAUUGAUACAGGCAUAUGUAUAGACAGUAUUUCCAUAAAAUGUGGAGCCAGGCUGAAUCUGAGUUCAACAAUGAAUGAUUGUGGCAGCGGGGGCGUGGUCAAGCGCCCGUCCGGGAGAGAAAAGCGGUAAGGGCGCUCACACCUGAGCUAAAUUAUUUCUAACACCUGUCUCUAAUUGCAGUAGCUUGAGGAGAGCGGCAUAAAAAGCAGCAGCAACAGAGCCCAAGGGAGAGCCCGACACAAAGGCCAAGAAGCUAUUGUCGUAUAUUAGUGUGUGAAUUAGUGUGGGAGAAUUAAAAACAACCUUACCUGAACCCUGUUGCUGUUUCCGUCCCUUCCUCACUGGAAACUUGUUACAAUGAUCUUCAAUAAAAUGCUGAACGUUGGUACAGAUCUCUUUGACUGAAUCUAUGAGUGUGUAAUAAUUGUAUAAAAAGGUGUGAUCUGAAACAAAGAAAUAAAG